AUGGCAGUAUUAAGCCUGUGUUCCAGUCCACUAUACCGUUGUGUGUGUGCACUGGAACACAAGCUAAUUGGCAGAGCCUUAUUUUCUUAUUUUCUUAUUUUUAUUUUAAAUCAGGCUCGCUCGCAAGGUACUUGUACACUAUCAAAUCAGAGCAUAUGAAAAAGGUACUCCAGAUAUUUUUUAUUUUCUUUACAAUCACAAUUAUAAUUGGGUCCUGAUUAUCAUUAUAUAUAAUGUUCAUAAAAUAUAGGUCAAUGCAAAGUGGUUAAAAAGGGUAUUAUAAGUCCUGCCAUACCUAUGAAAUGUAAAUUAAACUGUAAACUAUCAUAUAAAACAUUUGUUUUAUUUUUUAUUUAAAGGAAGGUUUGUGGAAUCAAUACUGUGUUCCAGGUCGAGUUAUCCAUAAUGAAAGACAUCAGUGCACAGGAACAUACUUGAAGCCAAUCACAGUUGUUGAUCUGAAUGGUAAUGUACAGUACUGUUGUAGUCUUAAUCCCCAUUUCUGAAACAGAUUAGGAAUUAUGAAGUUGAUACUGUUUGCGGACAAUUCUGUGUUUCGAGGAAGAAAUAUUGGGCAUAAAUGUGUUUUUCAUCAGGAAACGUGUGGAGCUUUGCUGUCUGUUUUUAAUUUUAAAUUUUUAUGUUGAAUUAAGAGAGUUAACAGUCCAGAUUUAUUUUACUUUCAAUUCAUCUCUUGUUCUUGUCUUUAGGUGUUCAUCAUGAAAUAUUGUUUGAAUAUUGCAAUUGUUUUGGUGUACCAGAAAGUUUGCUUCACUGUGGUAUUUGGCCAGCAACUCCUGUUGAACCUAAUCUGGGAUUCACAUUCCAAUUAAUGGAAAUGACCUUGCGGUUCAUGAUGGAAUGCCAUGUAUCUAUUCAUGAUAUGUUGAAAACUUUGGACUUCUUUAAGAAUCCAAUUCUGAAGGUAAAAUUAAUCGAAUGAGAGGUAACCUAACAAGUUCAUGAAAUAGUUCAGCAAGUGUCCAGUGUUACAUAAUAUGAGCAAAAUGAAGGAAUACAGUUGGCUAUAUAAUUUAUCAUGGUUCAUUAAUUUAAUAGAAAAAGAAAAUUUAUGACCAGUUCAUCGACAGUUUUGAAGAAUAUAGGUAACUACAUAUAUGCUAAUUACUGACAUAUAAUUGAUGUGUAAAAUCACAACAAUUUAAAUUAUAAUGUAAAAUUUUAUUGUGCACAGCUAACAAAUAUAUUAUUUUUUUAUGUGUUUCAAGAUAUCAUUUGAGGACCAAAAAGGAGUACAGCUAUGAGGCAGAAGAUGUCACUAGUGUUGCAGUAGAAUGUCCUGCCUGCCCUAAGGUUACUAAUUAUAUAGUACAUGUGGAUUACCCCUAUAUUCUUGGUUAUAUUCUAACCAAGUAACUAACAAUGAUCUUUAUUUAACAUGCUAUGUGAUACAGUUCAGAAUAACAGGUAGUUUUAAAGACAUUAUGUUAAUUACAACAUCCUAUCUGAAUAGUCUAUUUUGUAUGCCAUAUUUUUUGUAGACCGAUGGCAAAUGCUUUGUUUCUGCUGAUGCUUGCUUUGGUUUACCAAGGAAAAAGGCAUCAGGUGUUAGCUAUCGACAGCCUUUAAGUGCAAAGGUGUAUUUUUAUGAGCAACAAGAUGUCGAUCAAUUUAUGUCCUUAUACCCAAAAUCUACCAAAGAAUCACAGCAAUCAAAGGUAACAUAUUGUAUUACCAGUAAUUCAGUAAAAAUGUAAAAUACUGUCCGAAUAUGUUAAUGCCAUGCUGCAUGGGGCAACUGUUGCUUCAACUUGCAAUGUAAUUUCUAGUCCAGUGGAUCGAUAAGAUUGAAAGUCAUGCAUUUUGUGAAGAAAGCACAAUUUCAGUGUUCUAUACUUAUAUAGUACUUUAUUCAAUGCUCUCUAUAUAUAGCUUUUUUUGUGAUUUUUCCAAUUGGUGAUAUCUAGUAUAAUUUCAACUUUUUGCAAUAUGAAGGAACAUAUUACUACGUAUUAGGAAUUCUUUCAAAGUGUGCUGUUUCUUCGCAACCAUGAUCAAAUAUGAGAUGCCUCCAAAUCUAAAUUAACUGUGUCAAAUUUGGUGAUUUCUUAAUAAAGUGCAUAAUUUUACCAAAAAUCAGUUUAACAUUGCACUAUUCUAUAACACACUGACAAACAUUCCAACCGUCCCGGUUUACCCGGGACUGUCCCGGUUUGGACUAUUUUGUCCCGGUGUCCCGGUUUUCUUCUUAUUGUCCCGGUUUCUGUAGUAUUUUAAUAGUUGUAUUCUUCAAAUAAGGCUCAUGUGACAAAUAUUAAUGAAAUUCGUUUGGUUCAAUACAUAUUAAUGAAAUGGGAGCUUCUAGUUGCCCCAAACAAUUGCCGAGUUUGUUGCCGAUCGUUGUAAUUCUCGUGACAUACCAGAGACUGAGAGUGACAUAUGUUGUUUUGACAAUUUAGCAUUCGCUUUCAAUUCCUAUUCAUUUUGCCAGGGCUACAUGAAGUAAAGCAGCGUAACAGAAGUGGGCGCAAUAAUCGCGGGCUCUUGAAUACGAGAGGAUCAGUGACUGAUCAUAGCAUGAUAGUAAAACGAAACAAUUUCGCCAGUACAGUACUUCAAUGAAAUUAAAGCUUGUUGAGAAGAUGUUAUAUUACUUAUGGGUUUCAACUCAGCCAAUUUCAACACUAACCCAAAUAGACACCACAUCAUUGAGAAAAGCGCGGCAAUUCAGUCCUGCCAAGGUUCCCGCAUUUCGCGUGAAAGUUACGCAUUCUGCUUUUGUUCCUGCUGUCCCGCACGCAUGACUAAAAUGAUCUUAAAGUUACGCAUUUUUACCAUUAUAUGACGCUAUCCCACUUUUCGUACAAUAACUCAUUGACAACGCUGUGUGCAAAUGUAGAAUUACUGAGAGUUAACAAUCGACCAACCAAAUAAAGACGUUCAGAUGCAUCGUGGCCUGGGGGUACAUGGCCAAAUACGCUUUCUGACGAUCUGGAGACUCCAAAUUUCCAAAAUUCUUUCAAUUUUCCUAGUCACAUUGAACUGUAAGUAACACUGUCAUAUUGAUCAGUAGUUAUUUUACUUAUCUUCAUUGUUAGGCAGUAGUAAAACAUUGAAAUCUUGGGUAGGAAAGACUCUGCUAUUUCCGACGGUCUAGAGAAUUCAAAUUUUCAAAAUUUUUUGCUCGGCGCCUCGCGGGCGUCGCAAAAUCAGGUAAAUUGAAACAAUUCGGGCGGUAAAUCUAACCUCCCAAGGCAAAGUCCUCGCAACGGCCCUGGUCACGCAUUCUUAUCUUCCGAACUUGGCAGGUCUGCGGCAUUUAUUCGAGGGAGGCGUUUAUUCGAGGGAGGCGUUUAUUUAAGUAAAAUGAGAAAAUUGGGAAGUGUGCCGGUUUUGAGGAAUCGGAGGUUGGAAUGUCUGCACUGAGCUAGGUUAUUGUGAGAAAAAUUGUGAGCAAAGGCCACAGUUUAGUAGAAUAUAUGAGGGCCACAUUCCCAUUCUUACAAUUGGAUUGUAACCGUAAGUGCCAUUAAAAGUUGCCUUAUAUAACAUGGCACCUUUGGUAAAAGAUAUUUUUACCACUUCAGUUAGAAACCUGAAAGAUAGACUUAGGCUACUUAUGACUGAGUACACACAUGGCAUUUGGUGUGGUUAUUUAUAUUGUAGACAAUAAAAAAACAAUGAUUAGCUUAGAUUAGAUGAUUUUUUCUUAUUUUAAGGAUUGUAAUGACUUUCAAGCAGGGUCAGAAAUUAGGUCCAAAGGAUGUUAUGAGGCUCUGGAUGAAACAGCUGUAUGUGGGUUAAGUUGUAAACAUGGAAUUCCCAUGAAGUUUUUGAAUCUAAAAGGGGGAGAGAGGUACAUAAUUAUACUGUGACUGUAUUUUGGGCGCACUCUGGAUGCGAUUUGCAUAAUCUUAAUUACCAGAUUUGGAUAUAUUAAAUCUAAUCAAAAUAUAAGCGUUCAGCAUCAGAUAGAUUUCAAUAUUUUGAAUAUGGUACAGUAUAUGUAGCACAUUAAUUUUAUAAUAUAUACUGGGUGUUCCAAAAAAAAAUACUGCUGUUUGAUUUAAUAUUAUAGCGGAAAAACUAGAACAGCUAUUCCGCCAAAAUCAUUUUUGUUGUAUCCAGAAGGGAGGGGCUAACUUAAAUUCUGGUUUAUUACAAUAAGAAUUCCAUGCGAUACGGUAACCAACGAAUUCUAUUGUAAUCAGGCAGGUUCGAACUUUUUUGUUUUUAUUCCCAAGGUAAAGCACAGUUAAUAGAACAACAAAAUUGUAGACUUAAUAGGAAAUAAUUCGAAAAUGAAAUACGCAAUAAUAGAGAGUUUACGCUUCGCGUUAUACAGCAAACGCCAGGCAAAGAAAAAUUUUACGGAAUCAGGCAAUAAAGAGUAAAUGAAGUUGCUGUUUUAAAACUGAAAUACAUGACAAUUCUUUCGACACAAGAAAGAAAACAUGAAACGAAAACAUUUAAAGAAAAUUUGGCAAAGAAAGUUUCAACCUGCCGUUUGCCGUUCCCGGAAACGCGAAGCUUAUUAAACUCCCUAUUCACGACUACGAGCGACUGGCAACUGAAGUGAAAUUAGUCUAACAGGCCAUUUUAUGCUUAUUUUUAGAAUGGUCAAAAAUGCUUGUUAGAUUUAAAACACGUGCAGAUAUGUGAGUCGAUACGCAUGAACAUCUUAUUGUAAUAUAUGACAAUUUAAGUUCCCUUCUGUACACUAUACAAUAAAAUAGUAUAGUUUUUUUUUAAAUAUUUUUAAUGGUUUUCCAUGUGAAUUUAGGCUUGGUUAUGCAGUUUACAUGUUAAAGGAUAUGAUUGAAAGGAAAGGCAAUAAUAUCGAUAUCCACUUCAUGUAUGACAUCUGCUGCUUGUUCAAAGAACAUCUUAAAGUACAAAUAUGAUUACAAUUUUAUGUAGAUGCAAAUAUGUAUAGCUAAAGUAACAUAAUUACACCAAAUUAAUUACAAAAAAAUAUUUACUUUAAAACAUCUUUCUUCGUGUAUUCGCUCUCGACUAUGCAGAUCCAGGCAUGUUCUCCUGUUUAAAAGCACAGUUUAAUGAUAAAGUUUUACUAAUUAAACUGUUUUAUCUUAUUUCUUUUAGAAGCAAAAUAUGACUGAUCUUCUAAGCCAGAUUCAGCUUGCUUGCCCGCAAUUUCAUGUUUACGGUCAUGGUGCAACUUGUCAGGUGCAUAGUUUUGUUUUCACAGUGAAUUACUUCAUGCUGAUUAAACAAUAUAUAAAAAUGAUAUUAUAUAAUUAUUUAGAUAUUGUAUUCGGUUAAAUUUGGUGCUUUUACAAAAUAGUUGAAUUAUAUAAAAUGAAAUCGUGCAUUUCCUACUAUGACUUACAUUAUUUUUCAUUAUGUAUUCAGUGUUAUUUAUUUUAUUAUUUCAUUGAAGUUUUUGUCUUUUAGACUGUUGGACUGUUGUACAGUCCAAGACGUCUUGAAGGGUGGGGAAUGGUUGACGGAGAAGUCAUGGAAAGACUUUGGUCUUAUCUUAGGUUGUUUAGAAAGAUGACAAAAGAAAUGACUGCCAGCCAUCGAGAAAACAUAUUGUCAGAUGCUUUGUAUUUUUAUGCAAAGAAACAAAGAUCAAAAAUAGGUAAAGCAUGGCUGGCAUAUCUGUGAUACUUAUAUGCACUUGUGUAAAUAUAGUAUUUGAGUCUUAAGUUCCUAUAGAUUUUAGGCCUUUAUCUUUUCAUUUUAGUACUGUUAUUAAAAGCACAAAAGCAAAGGUGUGCAGAACUGCUUGAAAUCACCAGUUCAGAAAUUAACGAGUUGAGAGAUAACUCGCCAGGUAUAAUUACUCUACAUUAUACAGAAAAUGCAUAUAACUGCAGAACCCUGCACAUGACAUUUGUGCAUAGGUAUUUUUACUCAGAGAUUUUGCUUGUAUCAGUUCCAAUUGGAGAGAUCAGGAGAGCGAACUUCUAAGAAAGCUCAACCAUUUGCGGUGAAUACAGGCAUUCGGGUACCCUUCCACCAUAGUCUACCCAAACAGAUGGGCAUCCCAGCUCUUCGAGUUGUUUCAUCUAUAUAAUGUAGUAUAAUAGGAAAUUUGGUAGCUGUUCGAUGAAAUAAUUUGAUUAGUUACUAAAAUUAAAACAGGAAAUUAAACUUACAUUUGUUUCAAUGUUAGCUAUGAUUCUCCUUCUCAUUUUAUCUUUUGACAAAGAGCCAGAAGGAGAAGUCAACAAAGUCUCAUUCAUACUUGCAGCAAGCGUUUCGUACUCCUGCCUUUCUUCCUGACUCAGCUGUUGAUAUGCCAGAUUUCCUUGUUUUUGAAUAUAAGCACAACUGACACCAUCCUCUUUAAGUUUCAUUACUAACAUUUUAAUUGUAAAAAUACAAAGAAGGAGAACAAAAUCAGAAAGAUAAAACUUGCAACUUCAUUGUUAAAUUUAUCAGCACUAAAUGAAAAUAUGAACAAAAGCACCAAAUUUUGGUUGAAAGUCUGGCAGGACUGGGCUUUGGCGAGAAAAUAUGAUCUUGACAUUGAGAAUUAUCCAAUUUAAUUGUCAUGCUAAUACUAAACAAGUAACGUACCUAAUUGUACUCACCAUUGCAUGGUUACCUAUACUAUAUAUAAUAUACACAUUCCCAAAUAAACACUGGAGUUACCCACUCCACCCACACAGGCUUUUAGUAAACUUUUAUCAUUAGUGCAAAUUCUUGCUAAUUAAUAGUGUUAGAAACUACAUAAUGUAGUGUAUGGAGUAUGAAACAAAGGCGGAUUUUCAUUUAUUUACAAGGAGGGGUAAAAAAAUUUCUGGUGGGGUGUAAACAGCACCACUCAGUGAGGUACAGCAGGGGUUGGGCAUUUGGGUUGAAGCCUUUCAUACAAAAUUUUGGUGGGGUUGAACACUUUAUUAGAGGGGUUAGAGAGAUUCUAGGAGGGGGUUAAGCGCCCUAACCCCCCAGUAAAUCUGCCCAUGCUAUGAAAGUUAAAAUGUUCAAACAUUUAAAUGUUAUAAUACCAUUAUCAUCAGUAACACUUAAAUUCAGAUAACCUAUACAUAUAUGACAUAUUUCAUUUUUGUACGUACUGUAUACAAAUACUGUGUAUUAUGCAAUUCAACACAGAUGUAACAUGUACGUACUGUAUUCUGUAAUCAAUGACAAUGUAUAUGAAUAAAAUCAUAAAAUACCUGCUUCGCUAGAUAGGAAUUUACUUUUAAAAACACUGUAAGCAGAUUUCUUUCAAAUUCUGCUGGGUAGGUUUUGUUUGGAUUCCCUCUCUCCUCUUUUUACAGUCAUUCCCUGAACCUUCUCCUGAUUUCCAAUCCAAUUCUAAUUAACAUACAAGUUUGCAAAUCAAUAUGAGACUGAAUGGAAAUAAUUAAGUAUACAUAUGCAUACAAUUUACCAUAGAAAAGGUUUAAAACAUAAUUGGCUUAGCAGUAGAUAAGCAGGAUGUUAGCCGGCCCUGUUUCAUUACCAAAAACAAUGCCAGUUGGCUUGCACUUUUAGCCAAUCAGUGUCUUAAUUGCUAGGUCACAAGAAUGCCACUCAACAGAUACAACUAUCAUCUGGUCUGAAUGUCAUGUGCUAAUUAACUGAAUUGGUCAUGGUGAAAUUGCCUAUUUCUUUUUCUUCUACAUCCUCGAAACACUGAUCUGGUUCCCAAUUCUUCAUUGACAAAGGAUUGGAGUUGGUUCAAUAUGUGCAUUAUGUACAACCAAUUUUCUACGACAAGUGUUUGGCUUUCUGACUGCCAUGAUAGCUAUUAUAACAUAGUAAGUAAAUCAGGAACUCCCAAAAAAAUAUUAAUAAGAAAUAACGUAUUGUUAGAAUUUGAAUGCCCUAGCACUAAGCUGAAUGCAAAGAUGUGUGAAAUAUUGACAAGGGUGCAUAUAUUAAAUAUUGACUUAUUAAGAAAUUAAAAUAUCUUUGUAAAGCGCACGAUUUUCUGCUCUUGGGAAUUUAAAAUAGCAUAAAGGCGAAUAACUAUGCAAACGAAACAAAACACUUGUAAAUAGCUUCCAUGCAUAAAAUUUAUUUAUGUCAAGCGUGGGUUCAGCAAAGUGCUGUGGCAUUCAAAUUCUAACAAUACGUUAUUUCAAUAGUUUUUUUUGGGACACCCUAUAUAACUAAAGAAUGCAUUGCCUAUACAGUAUAUGAUACAGGUUAACUACAUCACUUUGUCAACAAUAGUGGUCAACAAUAGAAUGAAAAUAUUUAAAUAUCUUACAUUUCACUGGUAUUUACACAUAUUCAAUGCUCUGCUCAUAAACAUGUCAUAACAGCAAUGCGAUGGAAACAUCAAGUCAACCAAGAGCUGUGCGCCAUAUUUUAAACAAGAUGAAAUCAUUUUCCUCUUGCGUGAAAUUAAACAAAGAAAGAAAUCUUUAUUUGGAAUGCUGAGCUCAACACUUACAUUUCAAAUGAAAACAAAAGCAUGGCUAACAGUUCGGGAAAAAUUAGUUGGGACUGGAUAUCCACAUCGAACCAAGGAACAGUUGAAGAAAAAGUGGGAAGAUAUUUCCUCCUCAACUAAAGUGAAGUAUGCCCAAAAGAGAAAGACAGGUGGCAGGGCAAUUGAAUGGACAACAAUUGGUGAACUGGUAACAGACAUAUUAGGCAAGGACAAUCCUACCCUCACCUCUAUUCCAGGCGGAAUAGACUCUGGAGCGACACCAUCUGUACAACGUGCAUCUACUGUCAAUAACACGACAACAAAUGAUCGUGAAAGACUGCCGAAUUCGCCAUGCCUCUUAACGAAUUCCCUCAAUCCCAAAACCUCUAAUGUAUGUGUCACUCCUCCAUCACCAGACAUGGCGUCGUCCAAGCAGAGUGAAGCAGAGGAUUUCAAUGAGACACACCAACCGGACCAGUCAGUAUCAUUAUGUGCAAAGAAAAACACAGUAGAAGACAUCAUCUCAUGGAAGAACACAAUACAACAUCUCAUGGAAGAACACGAUAUAAAAAUGCGUAUUCAUCACAAAAAGGAGAGACUUCUCGACCUCAAAUGA